AUAAAAAUAAAUAAAAUGAUAAGAUUAGAUGUACCAACCCCUUGAUCAAUAACAUUACAAGAUGCAGCAACGCCAAAUCAAGAAGGGAUACACGAAUUAUAUGAUAUAAUAAUGUUUAAUUUAAUAGUAAUAUUAAUGUUAGUAUCAUAUAUAUUAUUUGUAAUAGUAAAAGAUUUUAAAAAUAAUAAAAUAGCUUAUAAAUAUAUGAUACAUGGGCAAGUAUUAGAAAUAGUAUGAACAAUAUUCCCAGCAGUAGUAUUAUUAUAUAUAUCAUAUCCUAGUUUCACAUUAUUAUACGUAUUAGAUGAGGUAUUAACACCAUCUAUGACUAUAAAAGUAGUAGGAUUACAAUGAUAUUGAAAAUAUGAAUACUCAGACUUUAUAUUAGAUACAGGAGAAACAAUAGAAUUUGAGUCAUAUAUAAUACCUGAUGACAUGUUAGAAGAAGGACAAUUAAGAUUAUUAGAUACUGAUACAUCUAUAGUAGUUCCAGUAGAUACUCAUAUAAGAUUUGUAGUAACAUCAAAUGAUGUUAUACAUUGUUUCACAAUACCUUCAUUAGGAUUUAAAGUUGAUGCAACACCUGGUCGUUUAAACCAAGUAAGUGCAUUAAUACAAAGAGAAGGUGUUUAUUAUGGUCAAUGUAGUGAAUUAUGUGGAGUAAAUCAUGGAUUUAUGCCUAUAAAAUUAGAAUGUGUUUCAGUUAACGAAUUCAUAGAUUGAUUAGGAGAACAAGUUUUAUGUUUAUGUAGCUUAAUGGUUAAAGCAAUGUACUGUUAA